CUUGCCUCGUUAAAAAUUCCUUAUCGAUCGUUAAAGACGAUAAGGAUUAUUGCGAAACGAUUAAUCGAUUAAAGUACAACUUUGCGCGUUGUACGUUUUUUGCGACGAAAAUAAACGAUCUAUAGGUAUUUUCUACACUGGAUGCAUUAUGUUCAAGUAUAUCGAUAGAGGUUGCGAUUAUCGUGACUGCUAAUAGUGCUACAGGAAAUCGAAGGAUAAUCUGAGGUUACGAGAUUAUUGUUCCUUUUCAACUUCGAUGUAUAAUAUAAUACGAAUACACGCGUGGUACGAGUGUGCCAGUUUUAAUUAUAUGGGAAAACGAAGCAUUUAUGAACUAUAAUGCGAAACGUAUUAUACACGGCGGAAAGUGAAGGAAGUUAUUCGAUUCGUUCCAGAGGCUAUAAUAAUGUUAAAUACCCCGGGAAUAAUUUAAGCUUCAUCGAAUCAUAGAAAUACCUAAAAGUCAUUAAACGGAACACACGCACCUUAUGCAACUGUUUACCAUGAUCUAACCUGUGUUAUCGAUAAAUCUGGAAUGUCGCUUUAACGACUUUUUUCUCCUCGUUAAAUAUCUGUUUAUAAAUUGUUCAACUAUUUUGCGGCUUUUACGGUCGUCUGUUAUACAACGGUUCUUUAUCCUCGACGUAAUUGUCGUUACGUGAAUUAUUACGCGAAGAUGUUAUCGUGGAAUUGUAACAGAAACAUAAAAGUGUUCUCCGCGUUUUGUUUCGAUAGAUAAUUGCUUUUAAUUGAUGCUAGUAACAGCUGCUUCUAGAAACCAGCUACUUGACUCGUGCUCGAAUGUGUUCGAAACACGUACGAGAUAAUGGAUGCCAUGUGCUACGGGACCUAACGUACUAUCUUUGGGAUUCGUCGAGUACGAAAGCAACAUGGCCGCCAGUCUUCGACGCGUAUCAAACCAGUUCCAGUAUGAAACCGGUUUGGAACUAGUUUUCAUUGGUUUUUCGGUCCCCUGCGAGACCGUGCCACGACCGAGAUUGGCACUCGUGCCGGACUUCUCUCGCAGAUUGGAACGGAGGUUACGUUACGAGAGUACGCUAAUAUGGCCGAUAUUACAGAGCAGAAAGGGGAGAAGAUCGACGUGCAGACGGAAGUCAAGGUAGAACCAACGUUGCAAUGCUACGUCGAAGAGGAACACGAGAACGGAUUUCCCGGAUUCGAAGGUAACAACGCGAUACCCUCCAGUGCUGAUGUCGGCGCAUUGAAUUUAUGGACCAGCAAGGCUACCACGUGCCUCAUUAGUCAAUACAAGAAGUAUCGAUCGAUGGUAGGACAAUCGACGCAGAUCCGAAGUUUGCGCGAAAUGUUCGAGAUGAUUUCUCUCGAGAUGCAAAACUAUGGCUUUUACUUCAGUCCUCAAAAGUGCGAAAACAAGUGGCGAGUUCUGGAACGUAAGUACAAGAAUUUGGUAUUUCGAGAACGAUUGAAGAAGCCGGGUAGAAUGAGGCAUUACGGCCAUUGGGAGCACAAAAGAGCACUGGACGAAAUUUUUAACGAAAAGAAGAGACACAUGUACUUGGAAGAAGGCGAUUUUCCACCACCAGCUGGUUCCGCAAAAUAUACUUUCAUUUUACCGAAACCCACGAAUCAGGAACAGAGCAACGCUACCGACAAUCAGCAGUCGGACGACCCUCUAGCGGCGUUAACGGCAAACUCCUCUACGAACGGUAAACAAGAGGACACGGAUACGAAAGGUGCUUUAACGACUCUCUUCGAAAAAUUCUUCGACGAAAUGACGAAAAAUUUUUCGAUCGCGGAAAAGAACAAAGAAAGAAGGCACAAAGAGUUAAUGGUGAUACGACAGAACGAAUUGGAUGUUCAAAAAAGACUGUUGAAACUUAAGGAACAAAAGUUGGAACUACAGAAAUGUAAAAUUAUCGCUGCGGCCCAGCACUUGCAUCUAAAUAUGUAAUCAAAGAAUUGGGACUUUGCGAUCCACAUUAAUUUGUACACUUAAGUCUAUCGGUAGUUUUACACUUUACAUAGAUGCGGAUAGGUUUCUUUUAUACGAAAUAGUGAUUGUAAUAUAAUAAUAUAAAUAUAGAAUUUAUAAAUUG